UUUUGUUUUGUAUGACAAUUUCUCAUCUGUUAGUGUUUUGUUUUUUUCCUUUUCCUGUGCAUUUUGCCCUUUUGUUUCUGAAGAUUUGAGGUGCUUCUGUGCUUGACUGUUGACCCCCUGCCCUCUCCAUUCUAAGUGUGACUGUUGACCCCCUGCCCUCUCUAUUCUAAGCAUGACUGUUGAUUCAUUUAUGUGUUUAGAUUUGUCAGCACUCACCAUAUUUGCUACGGAUUUCAAUCGUUUUUCCUACACAGUUUCUCAUUUGCAAGGAAAUAUUUUGACACUUUGCUUCUACAUUACUUUCAGAGUUUUUCAUAUGAUUGAAAGCCAAAUACCUGGGAAUGUGGAAAGAUGGGCUUGAAUGCUGAUAAUUCUUUCUCUGAAGACUACGAUAUUGUUUGUCUAUUUGGCUUACCUGUAUUUCUCCUCGAUGAACUUGGAUAUGCAAUUCAUACCACAGUCAAGCUCUGUGCCCAAAUGCACAAUGAAGCCAGCAGUUACAAACUUCCUGUUGUGUUGAAGCACGAGAUUGGUGAAGACGGUUAAGUUCUUCACUUUACAGGACUCCUGCCCUGUAAAUAACAUUUAUCAUACUAGCAGGAGAGUAUAAUUUAUAAUUAUCUCCUAGAGUUUAGUACUUUGAAAUGGAAAAUAAAGGGAAUGUAUUGAUGAAAAGGUAUGAUUUUGGGAGAUUAUUAGGCCAAGGUAACUUUGCUAAGGUUUACUAUGGGAGAAACCUUAAAUCUGGUCAGAGUGUGGCCAUCAAAGUGAUUGACAAAGAGAAAGUUUUGAAGGUUGGUUUGAUUGAUCAGACCAAGCGAGAAAUAUCCAUUAUGGGAUUCGUAAAGCACCCUAAUGUGGUGCAGCUUUACGAGGUCAUGGCCACCAAAACAAAGAUAUACUUUAUCAUGGAAUAUGCCAAAGGCGGAGAGCUCUUUCACAAAGUGGCCAAAGGAAAGCUCAAGGAAGAUAUUGCACGGAAGUAUUUUCAACAAUUGAUUUGUGCCGUUGAUUUUUGUCAUGGAAGAGGUGUUUAUCAUCGGGAUUUGAAACCUGAAAAUCUGUUGCUUGAUGAGAAUGGAACUCUAAAGGUGACGGAUUUCGGCUUAAGUGCCCUUGCCAAGUCUAAGCGUCAAGAUGGAUUGCUCCACACCACAUGUGGAACACCAUCUUAUGUUGCUCCUGAAGUGAUUUACUUUUGUGCAAGAAAAGGGUAUGAUGGAGUUAAAGCUGACAUAUGGUCUUGUGGGGUGAUCUUAUUUGUUCUACUAGCGGGUUGUCUUCCGUUUCAUGAUUCAAACCUUAUGGAGAUGUAUCGGAAGAUAAGCAAAGCAAACUACAAAUGCCCUAAUUGGUUUCCAUCAGACAUGCGCAGACUUUUGUGCAGAAUCCUUGACCCUAACCCAUACACGAGGAUUUCCAUUGCCAAAAUCAUGGAAAAUCCUUGGUUCAAAAAAGGGUUAAACACCAAAUCCAAAAGCAUUGAAUUGGAAAGUAAAGAAAUUGCUCCAUUGAAUGCUGAUGCCAUUUUUAGUCCUUUUCGGAACAGCAGUGCUGGUUCUGAGGAAAAAAUUGAGUUACCCAAACCUAUAAAUUUGAAUGCUUUUGAUAUCAUCUCUCUUUCAACGGGGUUUGACUUGUCUGGUUUGUUUGUUGAAAAUGACCAAAAAGAAGAAGUACAAUUUACAUCUGCAAAGCCUGCCUCUGCUAUCAUAUCCAGACUAGAGGAGAUUGCCGGGCAUCUGAAGCUGAAAGUUACGAAGAAGGAUCGAGGAUUUUUCAAGCUUGAAGAAUCAAAUGAAGGUAUAAGGGGGGCAUUGUCGAUUGAUAUAGAAAUAUUUGAAAUCACUCCAUCUUUCCAUGUGGUAGAGGUGAAAAGGUCUAGAGGUGGUACAUUGGAAUAUCAGAAGCUAUUGAAACAGGAUAUAAGACCGGCUCUCAAGGAAAUUGUUUGGUCUUGGCAAGGUGAGCAACAGCAUUAACAGCAACAAUGGUUACAAGUGCAGGUAAGUGGCGGUAUCUUAUGGUUAUUGGUAAUUUAUUUUGCUGUUUUGAUUGUUUCAAAUUAACGUUGUAUAGUCUAUUUUCGCACGUGUGCUAGUUGGCCUAAGGUUAAUCCAUUAUUGUUAAUGGGGAAGUUCCUCCUUAUCAAGUACAAUCUCUCUUUUGUGUGUUUGUUUUAGUUGCAACUUGUUAGUAGACAUUUCUGUUUA